AUGGCAGGUUUUUCAAAGUGGCUGACUUUGGGUCUGCUACUAUUCGCAAAUCUAUAUCAACCUAACCCGACGCGUGAGGCACCGCAAGUACGUAGGGGUGAGUCAAAUGACCCAAAGAGUGAUGUCUAUAGUCUGGCCAUAACUACAGAAGAGAUAUUUAGCUUUGAUGUGGACGACAUUAUGCGAAGUAGUUCACAGAAGUAUUCAUUAGUUAAUGAAGUGUUAAACAAAUGUGUCGUUCAUUUGAAACAAGAAAUAAAAACGAUGUUAUCCUUAGACCCGACUGUUAGACCCUCUUGUGGUGAACCCCAACUUCCCGAUCGGGAACUAUACUUCCGGCGGUUCAUUAAAUUGAGAGCCUGUGGCAAACAUUCCCCUGUUGAGAUCAUGAGACUCUGUAAAAUAUCGAGGCCUACAUUCAAUGAGUGGACACGUAUUGACGACAACGAAGAGCUGUUCCUAACCCUUCCACGAACUGGAGGGUUGAAAAAGUCAACCACUGAUGAGGACGAUAUGACCCUUCGUGAGGUUGCUUUGGCCAACCAAUGGUCAUCAAUAGAUGAGUUGAGACAACUCCCAGAAAUCAGUGGGAAUGAGAGGUUAUCUGCAUUGGGAGAUCGGGCAUUAAGGGAUCGAUUGGCAGAUUCAGGUGUCAAACAUCGUAUUGCGGCCCAUAAGGAACGCCUCUCUGAUUGGCACAAAGAGCAGCGGUUUGAUUACGCCCACCAAUUCAUGAAUUGGUCACUCGUUGAUUGGGCUCAAGUCAUAUUCAUCGAUGAGUUUAGGAUCUGCAGUGGAGAUCGGGGACAGAUUUUUGUUUGGCGCGAAACUGGGACACGAUUUGAUGAGCGCAACAUUGCUUUCCAUGGGAUUGCGCCGGUCUAUCGUGUCGACCGUUUGAAUCAAGGCUCAUACCGGGACUACCUGGUUGACCUUAAGGCCAAUUACAUCGACAAACACUUCGAUGACGGUAAUGUUCUUCUGCUCCACGACGGUCACCCGGUGCACAAAUCCACACUAGUCUUGGAUUGGAUUACAGCCAAUAUUGGAUAUCACAAGGACUUUGUGUUUCCCCAUCCAGGACUGUCACCUGACCUCAAUCCAUGUGAAAAUGUCGGUGGAAUGGUUAAGUCACUU